AGAUGCAGGAGCGAGCAGUGUGUAGCUUGAGCCUAGCUCUGUGCGCCUCUGUCACACACUCUGAAUUUUAACUAGCCCCUUCACGCCGGAGAGCAGGCUGCAGGCAGGCAGGCAGUAGAUCCUGUGCGCACUUGCCGUGCAGCAGCAGAGCUGUACCGGCGCGUCAAACAUCACUACGGCUUUUUCAGAAUGCUAGAACAAGACGAAAAAAGUGGGCACGGAGACUAGGGGUGCCUGCAUUCUUAAUUAAACAGAAUCAGAGAUCCAAGUUAGUCAUUCUGGAAGCAAAAGCCCCCCCGUAGCUCAGCGCGCACAGGUUGCAGUUGUCAAAUCAUGUGUGUGUUUCUCUAUCUCAACUAUUAACAAGUGCUCUGGUGGGAAAUCGCUUUCAAUUCACAGUCAGCUGCUGAGAUACGGCUUCUGCAAAUCAUGCAGGGACGGGUACUGUAUUUUCUACCACGCUGAAGACAAUACAAAUUCAGGAUUAUUUCAACAUUAUUUUUGGUUCCGUACAUCAGGCUCCGUCCUCUCCGCACCACCUCUUCAGUUCCGCCGCUGAGCCCGGACCCCAGCCGGACUGUACAUUUCCAUGCAGCCGCAAAGGGAGAGGAGAGAGGUGCGAUCCGGAGCUGGAUGGAUGGGUAUGGGGAAAGGGGCAGGACCCUCAGCCCUGGGAAUCGGCCAGAUCCUCUCGGUUUUUCUGUGCAUCUUUCCUGCAGUGAGCCUGCAGUGUAAGAUCUUGAAGUGCAACUCCGAGUUCUGGGCGACGACAUCCCGCACUCACCACUCAGGCCCCGAGAGGGCCCCCGAGUUCUGCACGGCCCUCCGCGCGUACGCCCACUGUGUCCGAAGAACAGCCCGCACCUGCCGAGGGGACCUUGCCUACCACUCUGCCGUGCACGGCAUCGAGGACCUCAUGAGCCAGCACAACUGCUCCAAGGAGGGCCCCACAUCACAGCCGCGCCCCCGUACCUCCACCCCGGACAGCCAGGAGCGCUCCGACAGCCCCGAGAUCUGCCACUACGAGCGGAGCUUCCACAAGCACACGGCGCCCCCCAACUACACCCACUGCGGCCUGUUUGGGGACCCGCACCUCAGGACCUUCGGGGACGACUUCCAAACCUGCAAGGUGCGAGGCUCCUGGCCCCUUAUAGACAACAAGUACCUGUAUGUGCAGGUCACCAACUCCCCGGUCCUGCCAGGGUCCCUCGCCACAGCAACAAGCAAGCUAACGAUCAUCUUCAAGAACUUUCCGGAAUGCGUCGACCAGAAGGUGUACCAGGCUGAAACUGACGAGCUGCCAGCUGCCUUCGUAGACGGCUCUAGAAAUGGCGGCGACCGGCACGGGGCAAACACCCUGCGCAUCGUGGAGAAGACGCCCGGGCAGCACAUAGAGAUCCAGGCCAGGUACAUCGGCACGACCAUCGUGGUGCGCCAGGUCGGCCUCUACCUGACGUUCGCGGUGCGCAUGCCCGAGGAUGUGGUGAACUCCACCGAGGACACGGAGAACCAGGGCCUUUACCUGUGCCUGCGCGGCUGCCCGCAGAGCGAGCGCAUUGACUUCAGGACCUUCCGGGCGCGGGCAGCAGAGAGCCACGUGGCCGCUGUGGGGGGCAGCAGGGGAUCUGUGUCCAUGGAGGCUUUCACCUACAAGUCAGCCGUGGUCAAAUGCAGGGAGAGACUUUCCGUGGAGGAUUUGUAUUUCCAGUCCUGCGUCUUUGACUUGCUCACCACAGGCGACGUCAAUUUCACCUUGGCUGCGUAUUACGCUUUCGAGGACAUGAAAAUCUUGCAUUCGAACAAAGACAAGUUCCACAUCUUCGAAAGGACUGGGGACCUGACACCGGGAAACUCUGCACCCGGGAGGCCCUCCACCCCUUCCUCGCUCUCGGCCCUUCACUUCCUUGCGUUACUGCUGUGGAUUCAGUGCUGUUUAAUCCAUCUAUAGUGUGGUGUUUACAUGAAACUUUGUCAUGAAAGCCGCAGUGUGAACCUGCGAGACAUGCUCUUCAUCUUCAUACCUCAUACCUCAGUUAACUCCAGGAUGUGAAAACAAUCCCAUUCUCCCAAUACAUGUAGUUCAAGAAAGAGGGGAUUAGCACUGAGCAGAGCAGCACGGUGCAUGGCAAUGCAGUGCAAUGCAACGGGCUCCCGUCUCACUAUAGUGAUCAACCCAGUCCCAAACGAUUUAAUAUCUAUCAACUUUGCCAGGUCAUCAAAAUCAUGGCAACUGCUUUUCUGCAGCAAUACUUUACGAAUUAAUGCACAAUUAGUUUGCAAAACAAACACAGAAAAACCAAUGCAUUGGAGAUGACUUUAAAUAAUUCUGGAAACUCUUGGAUGAGAUUGCAGGCCCUUACAUUUCGGUGAGAAUCCACAGCCAAACAACAGUCAGAAAGGUUGGCCAGGUUGUUUGCUAUUGAAGAUUUGUCUGUUGCAGGUUGCGGCUCCACACAGCAGUCACAGCUCCUUCAUGCAAUACUGUACAUGGAAGAGCCCUGAGGCUGGCAGGGUCAAUAGAUAUUGCUUUGUUUUGCCAAGUUGAACAGCAUGGCUAUAGAUCGGGGUGUCUCAGCUCUGUGUGGGACAGGGUGGCUAGGGUUCACUGCAGUGAUAUGAGUAAAGGAGGAAAAUAAUAAUAAAAGGUUAAAAGCUGAAACCUAAAAAAUAACAACAGGUCUUGAUCCCUGCCCACUGCUUUAGUUGCAAUACCACAGCUGCCCACUACCAUCUUGUGGCAGCACUAAGCCUGUGCAGACUUUGCUAACAGCUGUCCCUUUUCUCCAAAGAGUUCUGUGGAUAUUAAAAAAAUAAAGGAUUGGGGCUGAACAGGCCCCCUGAUUGCAUGUUACACUAAUAGUGCUGCUAAACAAUGCUGUUGGGGAAUGGGAGAGUGAGACACACACAUUGUGUUCAGCAUCUUCUGCAGUAUGGGCUGUGCUUGCUAGCUUGCAACAGAGACACUUGGUGAUCUUGGCAUUAUUCGUAU